ACACUCAUGAUCACUCCGCUGAUAUCGCGAGACUGGAGUGACUUGCGUGAAAUUAUCCGGUGUCGGUCUCCGAGUAAAGGCUAUCCAGCUACGAUGGGGAACAUUUUUGGCAACCUUCUGAAGAGCCUCAUUGGGAAAAAGGAGAUGCGGAUUUUGAUGGUUGGGCUGGAUGCAGCUGGGAAGACCACAAUCCUGUACAAACUGAAGCUGGGAGAGAUAGUGACUACCAUUCCUACUAUCGGUUUUAACGUAGAGACUGUCGAGUACAAAAAUAUCAGUUUUACUGUGUGGGAUGUUGGUGGCCAGGAUAAAAUCCGACCUCUGUGGCGUCACUACUUCCAGAACACACAAGGUUUGAUCUUCGUGGUGGAUAGCAAUGACCGUGAGCGAGUGAAUGAAGCCAGAGAAGAGCUGAUGAGGAUGCUGGCUGAGGAUGAACUGAGAGACGCUGUACUCCUCAUCUUUGCCAACAAGCAGGAUUUGCCAAAUGCUAUGAAUGCUGCAGAAAUCACAGAUAAGCUGGGUCUCCAUUCCCUGCGCCAUCGUAACUGGUACAUCCAGGCCACUUGUGCCACCAGCGGAGACGGCCUAUAUGAGGGUCUGGACUGGCUGGCCAACCAGCUCAAGAACAAGAAAUGAAGCAGGCUGGGUCCAAGUGCAACCGUUGGGAAAGGUGUCAAAGAUUCCUUGAUUCUGUUUACAAUUUAUGACCAACGGGAGUCGGGUCAUCUUAGACAGUGUAACCCCUCGCUACGUCCCACCUGACAAAUCCGUGAGAUGAUUGGGGUAGCACUAGCACCCAUGAUUCAUAUUCAUUUUUACAAGUGAAGAUGUUUUACUAUUCUUAUGUGAUUUAAACAUCUCAGUUUCUUGUGUCUGUACACUGUAAAUGUUUAAAAGACAGGAAAAGCUUUUACUUAUAUACUUCUAUGGAAUAUGGAGGUAUCGCUUAAAUGCAGGUCAUUUAAAUUAUAUUAACUGCACUGAUAGAUGAGAAACCUGUUGAUUCAGUUUCCUGAAAUAUUUAAAUAAAAUCCAGUGAAAUAAUACUCUGCAAACAGUUGAGAAACAUGUGAUUUUUGCUAUAGUGUUCUUGUUUUGCUACUGAAAAUGAAAUAGAAAUCAUGCAUUGUGAUUUAUUAUUAGCAUAUCAGCCAGACUUCAUGACUGUCAGUGUUACACAGGGCUGAUGAUGCUCUUAUUGUGUGUCCACACAAUAACCAGUGUCUCUGCACAGGUUGCUGAGCAAGCUUUGGUUUGUGUGGCUGUUUCUUUCUGUUCUGCUGUGUAGCUAAAUGCAUGUGUUUCACCGACUAUAUCCGCUGCUAUUACAUGUUUGUCUGUGUCGUGCCGUGUACGUGUAGACACGCUCAUUGAAUGUGUCAGCACUUGUGUUGCAUUUAUGUUUGUGACUUUUUGCUAGUGUUGCAUAGGCAAAUCUGAGGAGAAGAACAAGGGUACAUCUCUAUAGCCAUGUGACUGGUGUAGCUGAUUUAAAAGUAUUUGGUAACUUCACACUAAUGCUGAAAAGAGUGUCAAAGUGACUAUACAGUAGUCACGGGUACUAAUAGACUCAAAUAUGGUUGUGUGUGUACUCUCAUGAAUCGCUAAGUGUGUUUAUAUAUUGCACGCUUAAUAAAGUAUGCAUUUAGAUAAUGUGAA